AGUGUGGGGUGGGAGACUGGGGCCUGCUUUGGUAGAGGGAAAUAAAGGGGGGAGGGGAGGAGGCCAGGGGGAGACCCAGUUUAGCUGGUUCCCGGCUGCUUCCCUUUUCUCUGGCCUUUAUUCCUUGUAAUUGGAUAAAAUAGGAACUCACUGGCGGACCUGCGUUGCUGGGUGAACUGUACUUAUUAGAGACCAGUUAGCAAUAGAGUGGGGACUGGGGAGGGGGUGCACAGGAGAGAGAGAGAAGAGGGGAGAGAAAGAGAGUGAGAAUAUACCAUUAGGAUGAGGAGGAGGGAAGAAGAGGAAGAAGCUAUGAAGAAGGAAGAUUGCAGAGGAAAAAGUGACUGAGCGCAAGAAGGACAAAGAGGAGUGGUUGGGGGUGGGGGUGGAGGCAGGGCGGGGAAGGGAGUUACCGCCCCUCCUGGCUCCUCCUGCCCUCGCAUCCUUGUGCAAUGGUACUGUUUGCAGGGAUGCUCAGAGGGCAGGCACCUGCUGCUCUGUAAUGAUUCAGCCUCUUUCAGCCCCUGCGUUAACACGACAGGAUGCUGUUGCUACUGUCGCUGCUGCCUCUCCUGCCGCCGCCGCUGCUGCCGCCGCCGCCUCCUCUGGUCUUGCUUUUGCUUUUACUUCUCCUGCAUGACAGUUGUUUUCUUCCUCUAAGCAGACACCAGCUUCAGACGCUUGAGGUGAGAAACAUGCCUUUCAGUUUGGGAUACUGGUUUACUUAAUCGGCUAGGCAUCAGCUUGCUUCCUAUUUUGUUCCCCUGCCUUCUUGACCAACCGGGAUGGUUUGGAGAAGCCUUUGAAAGAACUGAAAAAGUGUCCCAGAAACAACAGCUCAAGAUAUUUCGGUACACUUCUAUUUCAUAGUUGCUAGAAGCCCUUUCUUUUUCAGUUUUUUCUUUUUCUUUUUCUUUUUUUCUUUUUUUCUUUUUCUUGCUUCCUCCCAAGCGUUCUUACUUUGGAUAAUGGCCUUGGACUUAGGUGCCUUAUCGAUUUCCCCCGUCAAGAUGCUGUAUCAUUUGGUUGGGGGGAGCUCUGCAUGAUAAUGCACCGUGAGAGAGGCCGGGCCUUCUGGAGGUGAGCCGAUGGAGAUUUAUUCCCCAGACAUGUCUGAGGGAGCUGGCGGGAGGUCCUCCAGCCCCUCCACUCAGCUGAGUGCAGACCCAUCUCUCGAUGGGCUUCCGGCAGCGGAACAUAUGCCAGACACCCACACAGAAGAUGGGAGAAGCCCUAGACUCCUGGGCCUGGCGGUGCCCUGCUGUGUGUGCCUGGAAGCUGAGCGUCUGAGAGGGUGUCUCAACUCCGAGAAGAUCUGCAUUGUCCCCAUUCUGGCUUGCCUAGUCAGCCUCUGCCUCUGCAUUGCUGGCCUAAAGUGGGUAUUUGUGGACAAGAUAUUUGAAUACGACUCUCCUACCCACCUUGACCCUGGGGGGUUAGGCCAGGACCCUGUUAUUUCUCUGGAUCCAACUGCUGCCUCAGCUGUUUUGGUAUCAUCCGGGGCAUACACUUCACCUGUCUCUAAGGCUCAGUCUGAAGCUGAGGCUCAUGUUACAGUGCAAGGUGACCACGUUGCUGUGGCCUCUGAACCUUCAGCAGUACCGACCCGGAAGAACCGGCUAUCUGCUUUUCCUCCCCUACACUCUACCGCACCGCCCUUCCCUUCCCCAGCUCGGACCCCUGAGGUGAGAACACCCAAGUCAGGAACUCAGCCACAAACAACAGAAACUAAUCUGCAAACUGCUCCUAAACUUUCCACGUCUACAUCCACGACUGGGACCAGCCAUCUCAUAAAGUGUGCGGAGAAGGAGAAAACCUUCUGUGUGAAUGGAGGCGAGUGCUUCAUGGUGAAGGACCUGUCAAACCCCUCAAGAUACUUGUGCAAGUGCCCAAAUGAGUUUACUGGUGAUCGUUGCCAAAACUACGUAAUGGCCAGCUUCUACAAGCAUCUUGGGAUUGAAUUUAUGGAAGCGGAGGAACUGUACCAGAAGAGGGUACUGACAAUUACUGGCAUCUGUAUCGCCCUGCUGGUGGUCGGCAUCAUGUGUGUGGUGGCCUACUGCAAAACCAAGAAACAGCGGCAGAAGCUUCAUGAUCGGCUUCGGCAAAGCCUUCGGUCAGAACGGAACAACAUGGUGAACAUAGCGAAUGGUCCUCACCACCCAAACCCACCACCAGAGAACGUGCAGCUGGUGAAUCAAUACGUAUCUAAAAACGUCAUCUCCAGUGAGCAUAUUGUUGAGAGAGAAGUGGAGACCUCCUUUUCCACCAGUCACUACACUUCCACAGCCCAUCACUCCACGACUGUCACCCAGACACCUAGUCACAGCUGGAGUAAUGGGCACACGGAAAGCAUCCUUUCAGAAAGCCACUCUGUAAUCAUGAUGUCAUCGGUAGAGAACAGCAGGCACAGCAGCCCAGCCGGGGGCCCACGAGGACGGCUUCAUGGCCUGGGGGGCCCUCGCGAAUGUAACAGCUUCCUCAGGCAUGCCAGAGAAACCCCUGACUCCUACAGAGACUCUCCUCAUAGCGAAAGACAUAACCUUAUAGCUGAGCUAAGGAGAAACAAGGCUUACAGAUCCAAAUGCAUGCAGAUCCAGCUGUCAGCAACUCAUCUUAGAUCCUCUUCCAUUCCCCAUUUGGGCUUCAUUCUCUAAGACCCCUUGGCCUUUAGGAAGGUAUGUAUCAGCCAUGACCACCCCGGCUCGUAUGUCACCUGUAGAUUUCCACACGCCAAGCUCCCCUAAAUCGCCCCCUUCGGAAAUGUCUCCACCUGUGUCCAGCAUGACGGUGUCCAUGCCCUCUGUGGCAGUCAGCCCCUUUGUGGAAGAAGAGAGGCCUCUACUUCUUGUGACGCCACCAAGGCUACGGGAGAAGAAGUUUGAUCAUCACCCCCAGCAACUCAACUCCUUUCAUCACAACCCUGCACAUCAGAGUACCAGCCUCCCCCCUAGCCCAUUGAGGAUAGUGGAGGAUGAGGAGUAUGAAACGACCCAGGAGUAUGAGCCAGUUCAAGAGCCUAUUAAGAAAGUCACCAAUAGCCGGCGGGCCAAAAGAACAAAGCCCAAUGGUCACAUUGCCAAUAGGUUGGAAAUGGACAGCAACCCAAGUUCUGUGAGCAGUAACUCAGAAAGUGAGACAGAAGAUGAAAGAGUAGGUGAAGAUACACCAUUCCUGGGCAUACAGAACCCCCUGGCAGCCAGCCUUGAGGUGGCCCCUGCCUUCCGUCUGGUUGAGAGCAGGACUAACCCAGCAGGCCGCUUCUCCACACAGGAAGAAUUACAGGCCAGGCUGUCUAGUGUAAUCGCUAACCAAGACCCUAUUGCUGUAUAAAACCUAAAUAAACACAUAGAUUCACCUGUAAAACUUUAUUUUAUAUAAUAAAGUAUUUCACCUUAAAUUAAACAAUUUAUUUUAUUUUAGCAGUUCUGCAAAUAGAAAACAGGAAGAAAAAAACUUUUAUAAAUUAAAUAUAUGUAUGUAAAAAUGUGUUAUGUGCCAUAUGUAGCAAUUUUUUACAGUAUUUCAAAAACGAGAAAGAUAUCAAUGGUGCCUUUAUGUUAUGUUAUGUCGAGAGCAAGUUUUAUAAAGUUACGGUGAUUGCUUUUUCACAGUAUUUCAGCGAAACCUCCCAUAUAUUCAGUUUUUGCUGGCUUUUUGUGCAUUGCAUUAUGAUGUUGACUGGAUGUAUGGUUUGCAAGGCUAGCAACUGUCCCUCUCUUUGCUUCCAGUAGCACCCAACCAGUACUGUCUUGAAAUGGCACAUCCAUCCAAAUACCUUUCUACUUUGUAUGAGGUUUUCUUUGCUUUCCCAAUACGAAAUGAGUUCUCUCUACUCUGUCAGCCAAAGGUUUGCUUCACUGGACUCUGAGAUAAUAGUAGACCCAACAGCAUGCUACUAUUACAUAUAGCAGGAAACUGCACUAAGUAAUGUUAAAUAUUAGGAAGAAAGUAAUACUGUGAUUUUAAAAACAAACUAUAUUAUUAAUCAGAAGACAGCUUGCUCUUGCUAAAAGGAGCUACCAUUGACUUUAAUUUUAACUUUUUAGUUAUCGUUGGUCUUGAUAAAAGUAACAGCUUUGAGUACAGCUUAGAAAAAUGGGUUCUGGCUUGCUAUCAGGAUAAAUCUAUCAACAUAGAAAGGACUCAGUUUCACUUUCUGUCUUGGGGAAAAUGAUCCAGCAGCUUAUCUGUUGACCAACCAACCACAGCUGCUAAAGGUGCAAUCCUUUCUGACAUAUUUUUUAACUGACUGGUUGUACCCUCUUCUUGGUUCCGGAAGAGGCACAUAGUGUCAUGAAGCCUCAGAUCCAAGAGUACACUCAGCCAUCUGCCCCAACCACUUGUAUUGUACAAUGUGCCUGUGGUGCAUAGCGGUGACUUGGCCAUUGUAGGAAAAUGUUCCACUGGUAGAGCAUUUAGGAGUGAGUGUGUAGAAGUCACAAGGGGAAAGCAGCUGCACUACCCAGUUGACAUCUUAACUUGGUUUGGUUGGCCACUCCUUUCUCCCCAUUAUGUUUCUCUUGUGUUCAACAUUGCCUUGAUUAGGUCAUAACUAUGCAUGGAUAUAUUUUUUUGUUUUGUUUUUGGCCAGGAAUGGCCAAUGUGCAUGUGAUUUGUGAUUAGCAAGAACUUUCCAUAGUGGUGCCUCCCUAGGGAAUAUCAAUAGCAUUGGGAAGAUUGCAGCUUUUCUUGCAGAAGUGACCCCCAUUCAUGGACUGAUCUCUCUCCAUAAAUAGUCUGUAUCUUCCAUUUCUCUCCUCUAAGUAAUUUUUCCCAUACUGUCUCAAAAGCAAGACUAAGAUUGGUUUAAACUUUGUGUGCUCUCUUGUGAUUGGAAAGCCAAUGGAUGCUUAUAGAUAUUAACAUAUGAACAACUGUUAAUCCAGAGGGAAAAAUGAAAAGUGGGUGGGUGGGUGGGGGGAUAACCCCUCAGAACCCUGUUCCUGUUAUCUGUCAGUCAAGACCGGAGCUUCCUGAGCGGGUUCUUAGGCAUUCCAUAGCAAAAUGCGAAGGAGUUGAACAGAGGACUGGCAAAGUCAAUGGCAAUUAUUGAUUCUUGUUCUCAGUUGAACCAAAUCUAUUUUCUUUACCGAGCUUCGUUCUAAGUCAAAGGAAGUGAUAACCCACAAGGAGAUCUUAGAAAAAUGCUGCAGACUGGCCACAAGUCCAUGUGUUACACUCCUCUGUGUUUCUGAGAGAAGCUUGGCUGUAGGCCCCUUCAAGUUACUCAUAGUAUUUGAAGUCUCUCGUUUCUUGCCAUUGGUCACAGGACAGUUCUCUGUGCUCAGAGCGAUUUUUAAUAUUUAGUAUACACAGAGGAAUGAACCCCUGCAGGUGGAAGCCCAACGCUGACUUCCCAGUGUUGCAGAGAGUGGUUAACUCACCACAGGGAGGAAAUGUCAGCCAGCUUGAGAAUGUUCUCUCAAGGUUGCCUUUAAAGGCUCGACUCACCUUAUCAUUCAAUAAAGAAAUUUCUUUAUUGUUAUUUUAAAACUCUAAAAGAAAUCAGUUUCAGAUCUGUUAGUCACCAGGGUAUUAAGAAGAUCCCUUCUGAAAAACAGACUCCUCUGAUAACAUUUAAAAAAAAAAAAGGCAGCAUUUUACUAGCAUGAGAAAUUCUACAAUUUUUCCAGUUGCAAAUAUAUGUGAUUUUUUUUCUUCUGUGCUUUAUCUGGUAAUCUACAAUUGCCACGGUAGUUGAGAAAGCCUUUUUCCCCAAGAGAACAAAGCUUUCCUUGAGGAGAAGAGCCACGUGGCUGCUCAGGGCUACCUGUUGUAGCCUCUGCAUUUAUAUCUCCAGGAAUGUCUCUACAGUGCUUCACUGCCAGGUCUCUCUCAAGCAUCCUGUUGCUGAAUCCAGGCAGAGCUGAAGCAGGCCAGAAGAAUGCACACCUGUGCUCCUGGCAUGUAUGGAGAUGCCUUGUAUUUUAAGGGAGUACAAAUUACUCAGAAUUUAAUAACAACUAUGCUUCCUGGGUCUUAAAUCAAAACUACUGAGAGUUAUAUAGUGGGAUAUAGUAGACACCAAACUCCCUUUGUACUUACUCAAGAUUUGCUUUCUGUCCUGCUUUCCCUUCCAUUCACCCUCCUACCCUCAAGAGUGCCUGGUGGACAGCCUUCUGCUUACUACAAACUGGUCCUCCAUGUAAGAGAGAAUGUAUCUCAAGCAGCAAUAUGUCAUCUCUUUCUUGUGUCUGUGUGACUGUCGAUAUGGGUGGAAUCUAUCCAGGGUAACUUUCUCUGUAUCUAUUCCUCUUUUGGCCUGAAGUUGAAGGUAUCAGUGAUAUCACUGAAUAAGGAAGAUCUGGCCUUCCCUUUUAGUCCUGGCUGCAUUUCCAGCAGCUGCAGAGAUUUCUAGCCUCUAAGAUCCAUGAAACACUAUGAAGAAAUGCAGACAAAAGGAAAUGGCCACACAUCACAAUUUCUAGUAUAUAUUCUUUUGUAAAUACACAUUGUAUAGUACUUAGAUGUUUUCUUAAGUCAUUUACUGUCUUUAUGAAUUAAUGUUAGUUUUUAGUCUCUAAACUUACUGUAUUACAUUGUAAAUAACAUAUUGUCCUUUAUUAUUUAUAUUUAAACAUCUAACAUAGAGAAUUGUUUUCAUAUAAGUUUAAGAUAAAUGUUUAAAAUAUAUGUUUUUCUUUGCUUUAAAAUUAUGUACCUUUUCCUUUUUUUUCCAUUUUUUUUUAAAGAAUAAUUUAUUGUUCAGGAGAAAGAAUAUAUAUGUAAUUGAAACUAUUUGAAGAAUGCACAUUUGAAGGCCAUGAGGUACUGAUAAACUAAAGAAUUUAUUAUCUCAAAUACUAAGCAAUAAGUAAUUGUGAUUUAUUUAAAGUAUUGUUCAUUUCCCAAGAAAGUCAUACUGCAAUAAAAAUGCUAUCUGUGGAGACAUGGGUGUGUUGCUCAGCAGACGAGCAUUCGGUCUGUCAGAGUAGCACUUUUCAUCUUGCCAUGCCUGCUAUGCUAUGGGCUGUGCUUCAUGGAGCCCAUGAUCAUCUUGUCUCUGUUGCUUUUGCCAUGUUAUCCAUCCUUGAAUCACCUCUCUCCUGACUCUGUUUACCACUUCACUCCUUGCUGUAGGAAACACAAAAUCAAGCAAUAGAAUGUUUCAUUUCACAGCCACCAAACUGCCAUUCACAAAGACAUCAGAGGGAAACACUGAAUAACUUUCUAGAUCCUGAUUGUUGAUCUAUUCUGCAGUGACAUCAAGAAACUUACUCAGAUUAAUGGCAAUGACUGUGCCAAUCCUAUGCAAUCAUAAGAGAAAGAAAAAAAAAAGGAAAAGCUAUCAAGGUUCAAAUGAUUCAACGGCCAUAGUAGCUUCAAAGACAUCUACGUUAAACUUCCCUAUAAUGUCUUUAAAUUUACUACUCAUCAUGCACACCAUUUUAUGAGAAGGCUAAGGAGCAGUGGCUUUACUCUCCUCAUUCUUUAAAAAAAAAAAAAUCAAAAUAAUGCCCAACAUACUGCUCAGGGAGGGGUCUAUGCAUGGAAUAUUCCUCACAUUAUAAGAUUCAUCAUAGUAUGGAGGCAGUGCUUUUUUUAUUAAAAUUAACCCUAUGAAGCCAUAUUUUAACAAAUAGAUACUUUGUGUAUAACUUUUAUAUAUUUCAACCAUUCUCAUUAUCUCAGAGAGAUGGAAAGCUUUUAAAAGAUGUGCAAAUAAGCCAGCCUGCUUUGGAGUUUGAGCAUAACCUGAGAUUUCCCAUCAGAGUAUACCUUUGAUGUAGACAUGAUUCCUGGAAACUUAUAAUAGUGGCACAAACAUCACGUCCAAGCGGUUUAGAAGUCCAGGAGACUUAGUGUUCUGAAGCUCCAUCAUGAAUGCACUUGCCCGAGCAUCAGAUCAAAAGAUGAGAAAAUAUUUAAGUUAGAAUGUGGGUCCUUUCCCCAGUUUAUACUUACAUUUGCCAAUCCCAUGCCCAAACUAAAAGCUGUAAGCAACAAAUAUCAGUAACUUAAGAGAGACUUGUGCACCUAAGCGGUCAUGCUACUUCAGGCAGAAGAGUUACAUAAAGCAAGGUAAUGUAGAGAAAUGAAAAGUGACUUCUAGUCAAACAAAGAGUCUAGAUAAUUCCAUGAUUCUUGAGUUGUUUUUGAUUCUGGAGUGAUAAAUCUAGGUCAGUGCUGCAAACUAAAACGGAAGAUGUCUGUCUUUCCCAGCUAGUCUGUCCAAGUUUCUCUUCUCUGCUUCAGUGAUGAAUCAUCAAAGGGCUUAAUGUCAAGGAUUUGCUGAUAAGACAAGUUGGCCUACAAUCUAACCAUUUAAGAUAUCGGGGGGGUGGGAAAUGGGGCAUCAGUUGAUCUUAGUUAGCAUCAUGUUGCAUUCUCUCAUUCUGGACACUCUUCUGAAAGAUGAUGCAUUAAAAAUAAUUUAUUUAGGGACAGAGAGCUUUAUGCCUAUGAAGGGAAAACCUUUCCCUUUGUUUAAGAAGCUGCUUAUUGUACCCUACAGGGUAGUUGUUAGAUCAGGCAGUACGUGCUCUGUACAUAUCUGUCGGCCUUACUGAUACCCUUAAUCCUGCAACUUGUACACCUCCCUGGUUAGCUAUUGCUAUUUAACUGUGGUUGAAUUAAAACUAUAGCUGCUGUAGGAAAAGGAUUUUAUUACUGUAAAAUAUCAUGACAACCUCUUUUUUUUAAUAAUAAAAAUAAGAGACAGAAUGGAGUGACGAUUUAACCCAAGGAUCUUUCUCUAAACAUCCUCUUUCAAAUGAACUUUCAGGAAUGGAAAUUUAUGGGAGAAAAUCUAUCUCUUCCCACUCUGUUCCAACAAGGCUAAGGAAUUAACAUCUUUAAUGCCUUAUUGUGUAUUCACAUAUGAAGAAUUGAAGUACUAAGUAUCAAUACUUUUAUACUGUUUAUGACUGAAAAUAUCCUGUAACUUUUUUAUUUGCUUUAUGCUAGGGAAAAAAUGGUAGAAAUUUAGACCCAGGGAAGUUAGACUUCAUUCUCCGAGCAAUGUAUCUACUGAGUUGUAGGUAUGUUGUGGAUACCUAAUUUCUCUCAGUCCCUUCUUGCCAGUAGACUAAGUAUGGUGAGCAUUUUCAUGUCCAGCUCUCCUUAAUAUAGUAAGAGUUCUAUCUAAAUCAACUUCUGUGUUAGAGAAAGGAGUCUUCCUGCCUUUGCUUUACAGAUAUUCUGGAGCCUAGGUUGCUUAACAGAGCAACUCUGUCCAUCUUCUCUAGCCUCAGUUUUCUAAGGAAGUGCAAGUCCAUCCAUAAGAGUAAAGUCACAAUUUUGGUGUGUAGGUGGCAAAUUCUAGUCAAAAGAAGAGGACUUCCAUGGUAAGAACAAUGGCCCUGCCUCUGAAACUUUGUGAACUCCUGCAGUUUCCUCUUGCUGCCUUCCUCCACUCCAAGGUUGUGGUUUGGAGAGGUUUAAACUGGAGCACAUGUUAGGAAAUUAGAAAGUGUCUAGAACAGAAUGAGUAUUCAGACAGCUUCCUCUGCUACUCCUCUAGAUCCUUAAGUUCAGAGAUCGAUAUUUCUCAGUUUCAAAUAAAGUAUUCCACACUGCGUGAGCUGACCAAAUAGACCAUUUCACCAAUCCCAUAUAAGAAAAAUGCUUUUUUUUAAAUAGCAACAAGUAUAUGUUGAGAAACAACAUCACCAAAAUAACAUUCAACAUAGCAAGUAAGAUCUCUGUAUGUUUUAUUAAUAGUUGACUUCUUGUGUACUCAUGCCAUUUUGUGUCAAGUCAUUAAUUUUUAGUGGCUUAUGAUAAUCUCUGAGUAUAAGAUCACAGAAAAUGAAUGAGCCAUGACUCAUGAUGUGGUCUUCAUGUUGCCACCUUCAAACUUUAUUGUAAAUUUCUAAUAGAAUGAUCAAACUACUCUUAACUCUGCAGACUGUCUUAUCUAUAUACACCCACUGGCCUUAAUUUUUUCACAGAAAGUUCACAUAUAGUCUGUUUCUUUGAAAAUGUAUAAUCCCAGCCAAGGCCUCCAGGAUGACAAAUGAGAGAAGUUAGGCAAAUAUCAGAUUAAUACCAAACUCACAUACCUUUGUUGAUGUUCAUACCCAUCCCUAUUAUCUACCCAAUAAUUCUUGUAAGUUUUGAUUCACUCUUCACUCCAUGCAUAAAAUGAGGUCCUUCUCUCAUCUAUGUGAUGCAUUAAUAAUUUAUAGACUUAAGUUGUUUGAAUUCAUUCUUUUAACACUUGAUUCUGCAAAAGUGGUCCUUUAUUUAGGCUCAUGAUAUCUAUACUCACACUUACAAAUAAGCAUUGUUAAUAGCAAUGGAGUCUGAUAUAAAUGCUCGUGUAUAAUCUUCCCUUUAAAUGAAUCAUUUUUAAUUAAGAACAAUUGUUGAACUCUAGUUUAUCACACACACACACAAAAAAAACAAUGCAAAAGAAUAUUUUCUUGUUUUUUAAAAAUGAAUCCUUUAGGUAGACACUUUGUGCCUCUGAUCCUUAGCAUCAGGAAUUGAACAUUGGUCAUCACUGACUUUCCUUCUAAAGCGAGGGUCUUCUAAGCUUUUUAGAUCUCUGCCAGGUCCCUGGAAAUUUCCACUACUAUGGCUAUCCAGACUCUUGUGGUCCCUUAGAGUGGAGCCUAAAGCAGGCUUUUUCUCCUUUUCUAGGAAGAGGCUUCAUUGAGAUAUCUAUUUGUAGCUAGUAAGAUAUAUGAACCCUUAUCAGCUCCUCAGUUCUCUCCACCAUGGGGAUCGAGGGGGAGAGUGCUGCAUGGGACAGCUCCAGUCUCCAUUAACCACACCCUUCUGGUUAGGAGCUGCUCCUCAGCUCGCUCCACCAUGGGGAUCAAGGGGGAAAGAGCUGCAUGGGAUAGCUCCAGUCUCCAUUAACCACACCAUUCUGGUUAGGAGCUGUGGCUGCUGUACUUGCACAGGCACCCCUGCACAGCCUCAGCCUUCCCUCUCUGCUCCGCUCAGCAUCUCCCUUCACUGAUUGCAAAAUACAAACAUGCUACUUACCUUGAGGGAUCAUCUGCAGAUCAUACACAUAUAUCAAACUUCCACACUGUUCCUCAUAAAGAUAUGCAAAUAGUAUGUGUCCAUUAAGAUCUCUAAAAUCAUAAAACUAUACAACCUUCAUAC